CAGUGGGAUCUCCUUCAGUGCGGGCUUCAAAAAUAAAUACCACUGCAUCAUCCUGAUAUUAACAACCUUUCAGGUGUUGUUCCAAAAGCAGCAGGGCUGAUCGGAAGGUGCGGGCUCUGUUUUCUCAUUCCGAGCUUUCUCUCCUUAGCAUCAGAGACCAAGUGAAGAGAGAGAGAGGGAAAGAGAGAGCACCACGCAAGCGCGCAAAGAAGAGAUUGGACACCUGAUUUCGGUGGGGUGUCUUCGCUGGAGCGCUGUUUCGUGUUUUAAGUCAGUCAACCUGUAAUCUUUUUUUUUCUUUAAAGGGGGCCGUUCGGCACAGCGGGGGCGCACACCGCGGAUUAUUAUCAGCGCGGGCAAAUGGGGGGGAGAGAAAGAGGACAGAUCGCUGCGUUGACUUUUGAAGCGACGCGCGAGUCCUGACGCUAUAGCGUUACGCAUUUAUUUUCCUGUGAGUUCAUUUCCCCCCCUCUCUCGUUCUCCCUCUCUCCUUCCCGUGUUUGGGUCGCACUCGCUGCUGCGUCUCCGCCUGAUUAAAAAAAAAGAAGAAGAAAAGAAAAAGUCAAAUAUUCCGUGGAGAAGGAAACAUAGCAGGGGUGUUGUCAGAGAGGGAUGAGAGGAGGAGGAGGAGGAGGGGGCCAGUAUGAGGUGUGCUUUUUUUGGAAAAGCCGGAGAAAGACGGACACCGAGAAGGUGUGCUGAUGUGCGGAAGCCUGCGACUGCGUUGCUCUCCUGAGAAAUAAUUGCGAGCCGGGGAGAAAUGGCCUAGUUAGGAGAUCAUCGACACGCCGACGGAGGAUAGAAAAGAAGAAUCGUGCUUAGAUGGACGGGCCAUCAUCAUCAUCAUCAUCCUCUUCUUCAUCUUAAUUCCGGUGCUUGCAUCGCGUCUUUUAGGUUUAAUUGGUAUCCCAGCUGCAGCUCUGGACCCUUCAGGAGCUCCAAAGAGGAAGACAUAUGAGACCACAGAGUCUACUGGAGAAUGCUGUCUGGCCCUCAACCUCACCAUGGCGCUCUAGGAACACCGUUAACCUGCCCCCUUCCACCAAUCCUCUUUUUGCCUUUGUCAUCCCCCAUAUCCCACUGAGUUUGUGAUCCCUCUCUGCUCCCAGCUGAAGACCCUUUGAUAUGAGUACAAGAGCUUUUAUUUUGGACAUGUUGUUUUUUCCAUUCAGCGCUGCCAGCCACCAGGGCUAUGGCGGCAAGCAUCACUAUUCUACUCAGCAGGUCGCUAAUCACUGUCUGGUGUGGCUCUUGGGACUAGUGCUGCACCUGACGAUUUCCUCGUGUCAACGAGUUGACCUGAAACACCCCAUAGUAUCCACGAGUUACGGAAAGGUCCGUGGUAUCAGGAAAGAGCUCAACAAUGAAAUCUUGGGCCCAGUGGAACAGUAUUUAGGUGUGCCAUAUGCCACCACACCUAUUGGCGAGAGGCGCUUCCAGCCUCCUGAAGCCCCAGGUUCCUGGCAAGAGAUUCGCAAUGCCACUCAUUUUGCGCCUGUGUGUCCUCAGAAUGUGCACGGGGUGCUUCCUGAGAUCAUGUUACCAGUGUGGUUCACAGACAACCUGGAUGCUGCAGCCACCUAUGUUCAGAACCAGAGUGAGGACUGCCUUUACCUCAACAUUUAUGUCCCCACUGAAGAUGGUCCGCUCACAAAAAAACACGAUGAGUCUUCAAUGAACAGACCCAGGGAUGAAGAUAUUCGGGAUCGCCGUAAGAAGCCUGUGAUGCUCUUCAUCCAUGGAGGCUCCUACAUGGAGGGCUCAGGGAACAUGUUUGAUGGUAGUGUCCUUGCUGCCUAUGGAAAUGUCAUCGUGGUCACUAUGAACUAUCGGCUUGGCGUGCUCGGGUUUCUGUGCACCGGGGAUCAGUCUGCUAAGGGGAACUAUGGCUUGUUGGACCAGAUCCAGGCCUUGCGUUGGCUCAAUGAAAACAUCGGCCACUUUGGAGGAGACCCAGACAGAAUCACAAUCUUUGGCUCUGGAGCUGGUGCCGCCUGUGUGAACCUUCUCAUCCUCUCCCACCACUCCGAGGGGCUGUUCCAGAGGGCCAUUGCUCAGAGUGGCUCAGCCAUCUCCAGUUGGUCGGUGAACUACCGACCGCAGAUUUACACCAAGAUCCUGGCCAAGAAGGUUGGCUGCACCACAGGGGACAAUGCAGAGUUGGUGGACUGUCUGCGUAGGAAGAGUUUCAGGGAGCUGGUGGACCAAGACAUCCAGCCUGCCCGAUACCACAUCGCCUUUGGUCCUGUGGUAGAUGGGGACGUGGUACCUGAUGACCCUGAGAUCCUCAUGCAGCAGGGCGAGUUCCUCAACUACGACAUACUGCUGGGUGUCAACCAGGGAGAGGGCCUGAAGUUUGUGGAUGACAGUGAAGGAGAAGAUGGAAUAUCAGCUGCCUCAUUUGACUAUACUAUCUCCAACUUUGUGGACAAUCUGUAUGGAUACCCUGAUGGUAAAGAUAUCCUCAGGGAAACCAUAAAGUUCAUGUACACAGACUGGGCUGACAGAGACAACAGCGACAUGCGCAGGAAGACCCUCCUGGCUCUGUUCACAGACCACCAGUGGGUGGCCCCAGCUGUCGCCACUGCCAAACUCCACGCUGAGUACCAGUCACCCGUCUACUUCUAUACCUUCCACCACCACUGUCAGACUGAGGCGAGGCCAGACUGGGCAGAUGCUGCCCAUGGAGAUGAGAUCCCCUAUGUGUUUGGGAUUCCCAUGGUGGGGGCCACUGACUUGUUUCCUUGUAACUUCUCCAAGAAUGACGUAAUGCUCAGUGCUGUUGUGAUGACAUAUUGGACCAACUUUGCCAAGUCAGGAGACCCUAACCUACCAGUUCCUCAGGACACCACGUUCAUCCACACUAAGCCUAACCGAUUUGAGGAGGUCAUCUGGACCAAGUUCAGCUCCAAGGACAAGCAGUACUUGCAUAUUGGCCUGAAGCCCCGUGUCAGAGAUAACUACCGCGCUAACAAGGUGGCUUUUUGGCUGGAGCUGGUACCGCACCUCCACAGCCUUCACGAGGAAAUCAUUAACUCCAUCACCACCCGUUUGCCACCUGGAGGCACCAGCCGCUGGAAGGCCCCUCAUCCUGGCACUCGCUCAACACGGCACCCUGUGGUCUCUACCUACCCGCCGGAACCUGACCCUGACAGUUCAGAGAGGCCCCGCUAUCCUCCCUUCCCCAGCGAGACGAGGGACUACUCCACUGAGCUGAGCGUAACGGUAGCUGUCGGCGCCUCGCUUCUUUUCUUGAACGUGCUGGCCUUUGCCGCACUUUACUAUAAGCGGGACAAGCGCCAUGAACUCAUGCAGAGACGCCACCGCCGACUCUCCCCGCAACGCGGCACGACAAUGGGCAUGGGUGUUGGCAUGGGAGUCGUAGGGGCCCCACCGCACAACGACCUAGCGCUGAGUCAGGAGGAGGAGCUAAUGUCACUGCAGAUGAAACAGCAGAGGGUGGAGCUAGAGCACGGGACCCCCUUACCGUCCCGCGGUGUCCACGGCGACCUGGAACCGCUGCGGCCUCCCGUGUGCCCACCUGACUACACGUUGGCCCUGCGGCGAGCGCCCGAAGAUGUGCCACUGAUGACAGCUAACACCAUUACCAUGAUCCCCAGCACCAUUAGCAGCAUGCAGCCCCUUCACCCCUUCAACACUUAUCCCCCUGUCCCAGCCCCGUCUACUACACCCAUCCCCAGCCACAGCAACAAUGCUCUGCCACACCAACACUCCACCACCCGUGUAUAGGACCAGGCACAAGCUCUGCUACCCCACUCUGGGUUUACAGAGAUGCACCACACAAACUGCUCCAUCCAAACUCCACCUUCUCUUCUUCUUUACUCUACUUUUCUCUUUUCUCAUUAAGCCCUCAACUAAAGCUGCAGUUUGUAAGAUACGAAGCAGUGAAAUACCUCUAAACUGUAACCGUAACUCAAGGUUGGGGGGGGGGACUUGAUUAAGAAAGGUCCUUUGCCAAAACACCGUCAUACUAGAUGCAUACCGCUUUUCCCCGUCAACGCGCUUUCAACAUCUGGUGCUUUGGAGAGCCACCAAACACGCAGCUUUAAGCUUGUAGCUCUCGCAGAGGGUUCUCAGGCUCAUCAACAAUCAGUCAGACAUGUAUUGUGGUAGCUCGGUUGUUUUGCGCAUGUGUUGUUGUGUCAGUGUAAAAACUAUGUUUAACGCCGAAUGCAAAUAUUCAUUUUCACUCAUUUAGCGAAAAAGAUAAAACAGUAGCGAGCAGCUUUGUUUGAGGCAACAUAUGUCCCGACAAGCUGCCUGUCAUGAAGCGCUGAUUCCCUGAAACUUACAAAUUGCAGCUUUAAAGGCCCAAUCUGGAAGUGAAAUUUGGCACCCUGUGUUUAGCACUCUGUCCCAACAGCUGUCCCUCCAUUGUGAUUUUUGGGGAUUAUUGUUUAGCGUGAAAUGUAUUUGGCGGGCCUAGAAGGAAAAGGGGUGGAAUCCACUGGAUAGAGAAUCACGACUUUUUAAUUUUAAAAUGCGAUUUUAUUAAUUAGACAUAUAUUUACUGGUUUGUUUGUUUGAGUUUUUUCUUUUUUUUCUUUGGUUGUGAUGCUAGCUGAAUAACAUAAAGCAUCCCAUGGAGAUUAAGUUGCCCACGCUUAAAAAAAAACCCCAACCAAAAACAAAAGUGCAUACUCACCACUGCUGCUUUCAAAACAUUUCCAGAUUGAGGCCUCAACUGUGGGGCGGUACAGGAAAUUACUGAAUCCCACUCACUUUGUGGGAUGCAACCUGGAAUCCAGGCUGCCCAUUAGAAGUCGCUGCAUUUCAGCCACACACACUCUAAUCACAUCCAUUACAUUAUUUAUCUUCAUACCCACAAUCUCUUUUGUCUGUGUUUCCACUUCAGCUCAUUUAACCGCUUCUCUCGUUCUCGCUCUGCAUCUGCCCUUGUAGCUCUUUUUAUUAAAACCAUCGACAUAAUCCAUCUGCAUUCCUUUCCUCUUUCUUGCAAUCACUUCUAGACUCUCUUUUUCCUUUUGGAGUCUUUUAUACAAAAACACAAGUGUAAAUGAUGUAUUAUUAAUAAAUUGUAAGGAUAUGAAUGAAAAAAAAAAAGAUAUUCUGAUAUCUCGUUUUUACCAGCAUUCUUGGUGCCAAGUACUGUGAUAAAGUUCCUCUUUUACUGGCGUCCAGUGGACCGCCUGGAGAGGUCCACCCUGACUGUAUCUUACAAAAGGAAUUACCAUAAAAAAAAGUGCCAACCCCUUCAUCUUUAGUUUUGAACCACACACUUUUUUUUUUUAAACUUUUUCUUUUAAUUCCACUCAAUGUUGCACUGUGGCUGGUCUCUUCUUUAAAGGGAAAUCAGAUUCAAUAUAUCCUCUUUUUCUUUUCUUUUUCUUUUUUUUAAGGAGUUUUAUUAACAACUUUACUGUGUGGGAUAUUUGUUGCAUGUUUGGAUUUUUUUCUGGUUUUUUUUCUAGAAGUUAGCUUGUCAUUUUGAUGAUUUGCCAUUUAUUUUAUUUUGAAAAUCUUUUCUUUUUAAUAUCCCGUUUCAAUAUCAGCUGCACUUUGUGGUACUUCAGAAAGUAUUAAAGUAUUAAGAGAUGAAUAUUGUGUAAAACUAUGAUUAUAACAAAGAGAGUAAAUAUUUCCUCUUUAUUUUUUUCAUUCCCUAACACACCGAGGCUGUGCUGCAAAAACUACAGGAAAGACUGAUGAAAGCCUUUUUAACCCCCACCCCCUCUUUUUUCCUUUUUUUUUUUUUUUUUUGCUGUUUCUCUUUAUCUUUUGCAAUGUUGAGCUUGCACAGUCACUGUCUCUGAAUCAACCUGAAGAUAGCACUUUUUUUUAAAGUUAGGGAAAAAAAGAAAUGACUACUUUACACAAAGAGUCUAAAUAAGGUCUUUGUCUGUGACUGGACAUUAACCUCCCUCCUGCUUCAAAGUCUUUGAGGACUGCCCGACAGUUAUCUUUUUUCCGUCUGCUCUUUUGUUGUCCCAUGUUUCUGGCUUUUGCAAAAGGCAGGAGAAAGGCUGAGAUGUAUUUAUGGUCAAAAAAAAAAAAGGUGAGAGAGCCUUGUAUGCGCGUUUCACAUCUUUCGCACAAUCCAACACGGACACGGGUCACACUCUGGACAAUGAGGAGGAGGGGGA